ACAUGGAAUAGCCCUCAUUUGAAGAAGACUCGUGACAAAGUGUAAAAUAGAAGAAGAAGAAACAGAUGAUGAAGAACAUUUGAGAGUCAAAUCUCUCAUUUAGCGGAGGGAUAUGCGCUCCGCCUCCCAGUCUAUUUGACGCUGGGACAGAUGAGUCGGGAGAGUUAGGCGAAGGCUUUGGAGGGGGAAAAAAGUCACACAAAAAAAAACACAAAAAAAACCCGGCUUUAAAUAGAGAAAAGUACUAAGGAAGCGACCAGCCUGCCUCAAUUCUUGAAAGGUUCCACACUAGACCUUUACCCAGGCUCUGGCCACCUCAUAUGGUACGGACCUAACCAGAGGGAGAAGAGGAGGGUCCUUUUCCUAUUUAUGUCUGCCUAUUGACUAGCUACGUUUGUAAAUCCUCUGGGCUGUUGUGUCCCAGAGGCCUGAUCUCAGCUGAACUUGUUCCCCAAACUGCACUCCCCUCAGUGGGGUUGGUUGUGACCCAGCUCCAAGCAGCACCAUGACCUCUAUGUCCAGCCUGUUCUCCUUCACCAGUCCAGCUGUGAAGCGUCUGCUGGGGUGGAAGCAGGGGGACGAGGAGGAGAAAUGGGCUGAGAAGGCUGUUGACGCUCUGGUCAAGAAACUGAAGAAGAAGAAGGGAGCCAUGGAGGACCUGGAGAAAGCCCUCAGCAGCCCAGGACAACCCAGUAAGUGUGUGACCAUCCCUCGGUCUCUGGACGGUCGUCUCCAGGUGUCUCACAGGAAGGGUCUCCCCCACGUUAUCUACUGCAGAGUGUGGAGGUGGCCCGACCUACAGUCUCACCACGAGCUCAAACCUCUGGAGGUGUGUGACUACCCCUUCGGCUCCAAGCAGAAGGAGGUCUGCAUUAACCCCUACCACUACAAGAGAGUAGAGAGCCCAGUGCUGCCUCCGGUGUUGGUGCCUCGCCACAGUGAGUUCAACCCCCAACACAGCCUCUUGGUCCAGUUCAGGAACAUGACUCACAACGAGCCCCACAUGCCCCUGAACGCCACCUUCCCAGAGUCCUUCCAGCAGCACAGCGGGGGCAGCGGCUCCUCCUUCCCAAUCUCCCCCAACUCCCCCUACCCUCCCUCCCCAGCCUCCAGCGGAGGGGUGGGCACCUACCCCAACUCUCCUGCCAGCUCCGGACCCUCCAGCCCCUUCCAGCUCCCAGCUGAUACCCCACCCCCGGCUUACAUGCCCCCCGACGAGCAGAUGGGACAGGAGGGGUCCAUGGAGACCAGCAGCAGCGGGCCCAGGAACAUGCCUAGUGGGGAUGUGCAGCCAGUGGAGUACGAGGAACCGAGCCACUGGUGCAGUAUUGUGUACUAUGAGUUGAACAACAGAGUGGGUGAGGCCUACCAUGCUUCUUCUACCAGCGUCCUGGUGGACGGCUUCACCGACCCCUCCAACAACAAGAACCGCUUCUGCCUGGGGUUGCUCUCCAACGUCAACCGCAACUCAACCAUAGAGAACACACGCCGCCACAUCGGCAAAGGCGUCCACCUGUACUAUGUAGGAGGUGAGGUGUAUGCAGAGUGUCUGAGUGACACCAGUAUCUUCGUUCAGAGUCGUAACUGUAACUAUCAUCAUGGUUUCCACCCCACCACGGUGUGUAAGAUCCCUAGUGGCUGCAGUCUGAAGAUCUUUAACAACCAGGAAUUUGCUCAGCUACUGGCCCAGUCUGUGAACCAUGGCUUUGAGGCGGUCUACGAGCUGACCAAGAUGUGCACCAUCCGCAUGAGCUUUGUAAAGGGCUGGGGAGCCGAGUAUCACCGACAAGAUGUCACCAGCACCCCCUGUUGGAUAGAAGUGCACCUUCACGGCCCUCUGCAGUGGCUGGAUAAAGUGCUGACACAGAUGGGCUCUCCUCUCAACCCCAUCUCUUCAGUGUCUUAAUGGUGCCCCCCCCCGACCAGACUCUCAACCCCAUCUCUUUAGUGUCUUAAUGGGGGCCCCCCCAGACUCUCAACCCCAUAUCUUCAGUGUCCUAAUGGUUACCCCCCAGACUCUCAACCCCAUCUCUUCAGUGUCUUAAUGGUGCCCCAGACCAGACUCUCAACCCCAUCUCUUCAGUGUCUUAAUGGUGCCCCCCCCCCCGACCAGACUCUCAACCCCAUCUCUUCAGUGUCUUAAUGGGCCCCCCCCCAGACUCUCAACCCCAUAUCUUCAGUGUCCUAAUGGUUACCCCCCAGACCAGACUCUCAACCCCAUCUCUUCAGUGUCUUAAUGGUGCCCCAGACCAGACUCUCAACCCCAUCUCUUCAGUGUCUUAUUGGUGCCCCCCCCAAGACCAGACCAGCCAGGCUGGGAGGUUCUUUUACACAUUUUUUUUUUUAAACAUUGUUUAUUUUUUGUAUGUUUUAAUGAGUAAAAUGAGAUGAUAAAAGGCUGAACUGUUUACAGUAUCUGGCUGCAGAAGGGAUGUUGAACCCAGAGCAGCAGAAUUAAAAGAAAGAAAAAUGGAGGCUACAAGCAGAAGAUUAAAGUAGAGUAGCGGCACAAAGUACUGCUCUGAGUCAUCCACUACCAACCAUGUGCUUAUUCUAUUGAGAGUAGUAGGACUGGAAAGCAUGUACCUUACUUUAUAUUUCAAACGUUUGUUUUUUUAAGGAUUUUGCAUAAAAUGUUUGAAUUAUUUUCUUUCAGUUUUUUUUUUUGUUAAAAAAUAAUAAUAAUGAAAUGUAUAUCACUACUACUACAAAUUUACCACAGUCAAACUACUUUUUUUUUUUUUCUUGCCAUGUUUUCUAAUGCCAGAUAUUUUACAUCUAAGGUAUAGAUAUCAUUAUGUUUUACUAUUAAGACUCAGAUCUCAAUGUUUCCAUUUUAGAGUUUCUAUCACUAGAAAAACUUGAGUUACUGCCAUUUUAAAUAAAGUAUGUCUAACUGAUAACUAUGA